AGCUUACUCCCCUUCCCUCCACAGAGUGGUACAGUCUGCUCUGGGUACCAGAAGCUGAAUAGAGGUGGGAACCGGAAGACAUGGUGGUUGCUAGGGGACCGCUGGAGGCAAGCGUUGGCAUAGCUUGGUGAAGGUGCCAUCCACGCUGGUUUUAUUUGGGGACACCGCCCCCGCCGAGCCUCCCUUUUGGGAGGAGCCGCCAUGAGAUUACCUCCACUACCCGCCACCUUUGUUGCUCAGACAUGGCUGAGCUAAGCCGAGAGUCAGUUAUCGGCUUCCUGUUAGAGCGGGGCGGCCGUGUUCCCAACCAACAGCUUGUAGAUCACUACAGGGCAAUACUUACCCAAGCUCCCCCCGGGGAGCCCCGAGCCGUUGCCCGACAGCUCUUUAAAGACAUUGUGAACGAGGUGGGCAGUGUGCGGGCAGAGGAUGGCGUGAAGUACGUGUGUCUGCGCAAACGGUACCGGGGGGAAUGUCAGAACAACAAGCCGCCUUCCAGAGGACAGAGUCCGAUCAGCAAGCAGCACAGCCAAGAGACUCCUGUAUUCAUCAGUAACCCGGAGCCGCUGACUCAAGAGCUGUAUCCCAGGGGAGAGAGCGAUGCUCCCGAGCUAACCUCUAAGGGAGAAAAUGGAACCGGCGAACCCCACCUGUCAUCGCCGUCUGGAGAAGAGAGCGAUGAUCCGGAGCCGCUUUCCCAAGAGGGAAGCUUAAGCAGCGAGCCCAGCACAGAGCUGUCAUCGCCGCCCCCUAGCAUCUCCGUGACUGAGGCAGGGGAGCAGGGCCACGGUCUGGGUGUUACGCUGUGCCCGGCUUCUCCUGAUGUCUCCCACCUGGGAGGGCGGACUCCCCGCGGUAGCCGCAGAGGGGUGCUGGAACCCGUGUCCCCGCAAAUCCGCAAGGGCUGUGCCUUAUACCGGGCCCGGGACACUGACAGCUCUUCUCUGUACAGCUCUUCCUCUGUGUCAGGCAACGAGGAGGAGGAUGGCGGAGGCAGCAGUGGUGGGUCGGUGUCGGGUUCGGCAGCGCUAGAUCCGCUUGAGCACGCCUGGAUGCUGAGUUCCUGCAGGGCGCGCUGGGAGAGCCUACGGGAAUUGCUAGGCUCUGAGCCCGGGCUGAUUCCCCGCCGGGACUUCAUCACCGGAUUCUCUUGUUUGCAUUGGGCAGCCAAGCACGGGCAGCACGAACUUCUAGCAGACUUGCUGACAUUUGCCCGCCAGCACCACGUGCCUGUAAAUAUAAAUGCUCGGGCUGCGGGGGGCUACACGGCCCUACACCUGGCUGCCAUGCACGGUCACCUGGAGGUUAUCAAGCUGCUCAUCGGAGCGUAUGACGCGGACGUGGACAUCAGAGACUACAGCGGCAGGAAAGCCUGGCAGUACCUGAGUCCUGGCACUGCAAGAGAUGUGCAGGGCCUGACGGGGUCGCUAAACGUGGAGGAAGAGGUGGGCAGCGCGGGGUCAGGUCGCUGGCGGCUCUCCAAGGUGCUGCCCGCCCAGCUCAUCGUGCACCGGCUGUCCCAGCUUCCUGAGGACGAGCAGGACUCUAACCGAAGGGGUGACAUCAGCAGGAAGGGCUCGGGGGUUAGGGGCAAACCCAAGCUCAACAGGAUCAGGUUCAAGACACAGAUUAUCCACAGCAACCUCACUACCAGGGACUGCGGAGAAGAGGAGGAAAGGCCUCUUAAAAGCCCAAUGAGGCACAGACCCAAAUCCAAUGUGUUCGGCUGAGGGGCUUGAAACCAAAUGGAUUGCACAAUGCCUGGAUUAGUUUAAUCACUCAGCAAACAGGACAUGCACUUUAUCAUUCUCCUAAUAUGUGAAUAUCUUGGCACCCAAUGGAGCAAGCACUGCCUUUAUUUGUGCAUAUUGAAUUAGGAUGGGUCAAAUGAGUAUUGCAACAGCAGGGGUUAAUAAGAUAACCAGAGUAUUGUUAUUUUUUUUCUGUUUAAAGUGCUAUGCCUCCAUAUACUGCUAUGAACUACCAGAAAGGACUGCAUCACUGGCAGCUAAAGGGUUACAGGUUUAAUGGACCAUGCUUGCAUACAAGAGGUUGAUACAUUUGCUAGGACUGUAUCUCAUAAUUUGACCUGUCUGUGAUCUAGGUAACAAGGUAUGGUACCAUAUGAAGCAUUCAUUGGGUGCUUGGUUUGCUUUUGACAGUUUGUGAAAACUGCUGAUCGCAAAACAAAUUUAUAAUGCAGUGGAAAGUAUUGAAAUGGUAGGCUGUCUCAAUUUUCAUGAGCCUCCCAAUUUUAUUAUACGUUAAUGUCCAAUUCUCCUAGCUGUAACAAACAGUAACACGUAGAUUUGCCAGCACCAUACCAAAAUCCAAUUUAGGCUGUUAUAAAGUUCCAGUAUAAAUUCAUCUAUAUAGAUUAAAGGGGCAGUGUAUUGUUUUUUUUGUUACUCUCUUUUGAUGUGUUCUUGAUCCAUUUACUUGUUUGAGUGUAUUGAACUGUAGCUCAUUUACCUUGAUUUUGUCAUUUUAAUUAGCUGUUUUCAAUUGCAGUAUUAAAAGGGAUAUUACACAGUAAAUACAUGCUAGACAAAAUUAUGUAUUCAAAGAUUAUCCAUAUAAUAAUAUGUAGAUUUUUGUAGAAUUCUAUUAUUUGUUUAAAUAUUGAAGAUAUAAGUGUAAAGGGUUUGUCUUUGAUUUCUAUAAGGCAAUGGGCACUGCAAUGUUUGUACUUGUUUUUUAUUUAUCUCUCCUGCUUAGGACAAUUAGGGACAUAUAGCAGGCAAUACACAAACUGCAAACAAGACUGCAAGGAACAUAUGCCUGUUAAUCUCUUUUAUUGUCUGUUUUAUAUAUGUUCCUUAUUGUUCUCAGCAGGAAAGUGAGAUAGUUAGCCUUAAGACGGGUUCAAACAUGGCUGUGCCCAUUGCUUUGUUAAAAACCCAUUGAAAUGAGAAAAUCAACAAUAUUCAGAUUUAAAUUACAGGAAAGAGGGCCAAAAUAAAUAUUUAAAGAAUAUUGCAGUUUUUUUAAUUACACAUUAUUAAACAUUUUAUAUUACACUCUAAUACAAUUCAAUGCACUUUUAAGUAAUAGUUAUAGAAAAGCUAUGUAAAUAUAAAGUUUAAAACAAAAUCAUGCUCCCAGUGGGGUGCUACAAUGUUAUUUUUCUAUUGUUCUAACUAUUUGGUUUCACUGUGUAUAUUGAGAUAAGAUCAGGAAGAUAUAGAGAGUUAAACUAAUGAAGUCUGCUUUCUCUGCAAACAGUCCAUUUAAUUGGGUGGUGGUUUUGAUUAACAGACACAGCUACUUCAUAUACAAAAAUAUACUAAAAUGAGCUAUUUCUUAUAUAUUUUACACUCUGCAGCUGGUAUAACAAGUCAUUUGAAACAAUUGAAAACGAUUUUACAGUAUACUGUCCAUUUAAAUCAAAUUAUGUUAUAGUUUUGCUGGAAAUGCCUUAAAGGGCCAUUAAACCCAAACAUUUUCUUUCACAAUUCAGAUAGAGAAUACAAUUUUAAACAACAUUCCAAUUUACUUCUAUCUAUUUUGCUGCAAUCUUUAGAUAUCCUUUGUUAAAGAAAUAGCAAUGUACAUUGGUGAGCCAAUCACAUGAGGCAUCUAUGUGCAGCUACCAAUCAGAAGCUACUGAGCCUAUCUAGAUAUGCUUUUCAGGAAAGAAUAUCAAGAGAAUGAAGCAAAUGAGAUAAUUGAAGUAAAUUAGAAAGUUGUUGAAAAUGGUAUUCUCUAUCUAAAUCAUGAAAGAAAAAAUGUGGGUUUAAUGUCCCCUUUAAUGUUUAAGUAAGGUCAGUUUUCAUAUCUGAAGAAGUAUAAGACACAAACUAUUGACUAAGCUACUAAACGGUAUAGGGACAAAGCAGUUAAAAUUUUGGAUGUACAACUAAUUGUUAGUGUAGUAUUUAAUUUAUGUAUUUCUAAUAGGUUUAUUACAACUGAUACUUAACAUAUAUAUUUGUAACUCUGUGCCAAACUAAAAAACUGAAUGUUUUGUAACUGACACCUUUGGAUAAUAACAAAAUGUGAAAGUUUUCAUACUUUUUCUGCCUAAGAAUUUAAUGUAAAAUGUUAUGGAUUCCUGAUAUGUUUAUACUUAAAUGCUCUAAUAAUAACAAUCCCCUUUAUAAAGGGAAUAUAAUAUUAAUUGGGGGGAAAAAAAAGAUUCCGAACAGUAGCACUUACAUUGUACUAGUGUAAUAAUUUCUUUGUAAUAUAAAAUCUGAGAUUUUUAUUUUUUCAUUAAUGUAUUAAUAUUGGGAUAGAAUUAUUUAAAUUUCUACUUUAAUAGCUUCAAAUGUAAAUAUACAAUGCAUUUUUCUGAGACAGAAAUGUUUUAAAUCUUUUUUUUGCACAUGCUUUCCAUUAGGAACCUAACAGGUAUUUAAUAAUAAAAUUUGACAACAGCAGUCUUGUAGUUCACUACAGAACAAAUUCAUUAUUGCAUUUGAUCUGGUGAAGGUUUUCUUUAUUGGUUUAUGCUGAAUGCGGACAAAGAACUACUUUAGUUUGUUAUAUGACAUGGAACAAGAAAGGGUUUCCCACAUCUCAUUACUGGUGGUAGAGCUAGAGAUGAAUGCAACCUUUGUUCAGAGGGUGUUUUAUAAAGCUGAAUGCCAAUGGCCAAAGAUCUUGUAUUAACCCCAUAAUGACUAAAAAGACUGCAGUACACAAUUACCGGACAGUGAAUAACAAACACUACUAGAAGCAAAGAGUUUGCACUUUCAAUAGUUUGUUCAUGACACAUAACAGUGAGGUGGAAUAAUUUACCUUUUCAGCACAUUUUUGUUGGCUUUUAAGAUGUUGCUAUGUGAACAAAGUGGGUGCCCUGAUGCAUAAUGAUGGUUCUGUUGAGCGUGAUCUGCAUAUGUUUGCAAUCUAUCCUUUUUAUUAAAAAGUCUUUUCUGCUGUUCCAACUUUAAGUAUGUAAUCUAGUGAAUGUUCCAUCUGCUCAUUUUUAUUUUAUCUUCUUUAAAAAUGCACUGUGCUAGAGUGGGUAUUUCAUAAACCUUGAUGUUGUCAAAUGUUAAUAAUAUUUUACCUUGGUUCUAUAGGAAGCUGCAAAAAGAGAUUUUGUGAUUAAUAUGAAAAAAUGUUUAACACGUUACAAGUUACCUAAAUCAUAUUGUAACCAAAAGUCUACAUGAUCUACAUUAGGCUGGUCCUGUUUAUAACAUUUGUAUUUCUAUUUUCACUGUGUCAUCAAGUAAAAUGUAAACACAACAA